AACGAACAUUAAUUUUGAAAACCUUUAACGGAAGUAAGCUGCAGGUUAUGUGGUCUCGUUUUUAAGCAACAUUUGGUUUACCUUCUGAACAAGUGACAGGUUUACAGGAGGAACUUUUUUUUCCUAGCUUCGCCUUCUCCUCUUCAUCAUGGAGGCUCGAGCACAUUUCUCCCGGGAGGAAAUUAACAGCACGGUGUGGGAAGUCCCGGAGAAAUACGCACGGCUCAAACAGAUAGGGACCGGGGCGUAUGGUACUGUGUGCUCAGCAAUAAAUGAGAAGACUAAAGAGAAAGUGGCCAUCAAGAAGCUCCACAGGCCCUUCCAGUCCGAGAUCUUUGCCAAGAGGGCCUACCGAGAGCUCCGACUGCUCAAACACAUGAAGCAUGAAAACGUGAUAGGACUUCUUGAUGUGUUUUCACCUGCCUCAAGCCUUGAAGAAAUCCAGGACUUCUACCUGGUGAUGCCUUACAUGUUUACUGACCUGUCAAAGGUGCGAGGUCAUCUUACAGAAGACAAAGUCCAGUUUCUCGUCUACCAGAUGCUCUGUGGACUCAGGUACAUUCACAAGGCUGGAAUCAUCCACAGGGAUCUUAAGCCUGGAAACUUGGCUGUAAACCAAGACUGUGAACUGAAGAUCCUGGACUUUGGGUUGGCUCGCAGUACUGAUGCUGAGAUGACAGGCUACGUGGUGACACGUUGGUACCGGGCACCUGAGGUCAUUCUGAACUGGAUGCACUACACCCAGACUGUGGACAUCUGGUCUGUGGGUUGUAUCAUGGCAGAAAUGAUCAAUGGAAAAACCCUUUUCAAAGGGAGAGACUACAUGGACCAGCUGACUCAGAUCAUGAAAGUGACUGGAGUACCUGGAGCAGACUUCAUACAGAAGCUGGACAGUCCAGAGGCCAAAACCUAUGUGAAGGCCCUUCCUCGCUAUCCCAGAAAAGACUUCUCAACAUUGUUCCCCAGAGCCAGUGCAAUGGGUAUCGACCUGCUGGAGAAGAUGCUGGUUCUGGAUGGAGACGAGAGACCCACAGCCGAACUAGCUCUGGAGCACCCAUAUUUUGACAGCCUCAGGGACCCAGACGACUUACCUAAACCUGCGCCAUAUGAUGACAGCUAUGACAACGCCACAUUGUCCUUGGAUGAGUGGAAGCGGUUAUGCUUCAGAGAGGUGAACAGCUUUGUGCCAUUCCCACGGCGGGACUCCAAGAGAAAAAACACGCUGACUAUAUCUCCGUGACCUGACGAAUGUCUUGUAGUGCUGAUGCCCUGACCUACACAGCAUACAGCCUAUGGUGCCCUUGUAAAUUCCAACCAUGGAUUCACUUUCUUUCUUUUACCCUGGAUAUAUUUAGAUUUUGAAGAGUGGUUAUUUCGAUUAUUUUGUGCAAUUGUUUCCCAAGUGUGGAUUGCUCCUUAUGUUACAUACUCCCUAUCAGUGAAUUUUGCGUUUUGCAAAUCUAUUGUGACCAAAUGUCACAGGAUUUACUGUAAUAUUGUUUUACAAUUAAACAAUAAGACAAGAUGUGUACAACGUUUUGUUUUUGCGGCAAAUAAUAAAUGUUGGUGCCCGAGAUUGACUGAAGACUGGCCUCACUAAUAGCCAACUAAAAUCUAUUGUAAUUAAAAUUAGUGCAGUCUUGACGUAAAAAUACAAAAGUUUAUACGUUAUUCAUUAAAAUGGAGAAAAGGGAGAAAGUCUGGAUUUUGCCAAUGAAUGCCCUGAAGACCGGACCAGCAAAGACCAAAAAUAAUUAGCAGUUAACUGUGUGAAUCUCCAAUAUGUAACCAGUGUCAGCUUGGAUAUGUGACCAUGAAGGUGUGUAUGAUGCUUAAAACGCAACUAGUUGUUUUACACUUGUCUCUGCUUGUAUCACUUUGUAGUUCUUUACUUAAUUACUAAAAUAACUUAACACAA